CUCAGUCGCACCGCGGUCGACAACGAAGCAGUGGCCGACCGGACACCGCCGUCGACAACUCAGGUGAGCCGCCGCCGCACACGACUUGUUAAGCCGAACACUCGAGUCCUGCGAGUAGAAGCCGUUUCGCGCCUUCGUAAUUAGCGGUAGUGUUCCUGUGGGGGCGCGUAGUCACAACACGGAGGGUACCGCCGCCGCCGCGACUCCUCGCUCGCCUGUUGCCCGCGACGCCCGCGCUCGCGACACGCUCCUGCCGACACUCGUAGUGCCGCCGCAUGCAGCCCGCUGGAGACGCAGGAUACAUCUCAGCAAGUUACGAAAUGAGGAAUAAUGUCAAGCCGUCGUUUUGGGGUCAGAGGACCAAGAUGGAGAAGCGACUGAUGCUGGCAGCGGUGGUGAUGUCCAUUCUGGCCAUCGCUUUCUUUGCCGCGUUUAUCGCCACCCUCCUUGUGCGGUCCUCCACUGAUAUCAACGACAUACCCCAGACUAGUGAACUGAGAAUUUCUUCGUCCAUGCCGCCAUCAGUUGUUGCUGUUGGAUCUGCAGCAGAUAAGAAGGUGUGCACCUCCCCGGGAUGCAUUCACACAGCCUCUAAACUGCUGCUGAACAUGGAUGAGAAGGUGGACCCUUGUGAUGACUUCUACGACUUUGCUUGCGGCUCUUUUGUAAAGAACACUCGCAUACCUGAUGACAAGACCUCAGUGAACACGUUCUCGCUCAUCACUGAUCAGCUUCAAGAACAGAUUCGUGCGCUACUGGACGAACCUAUUGUGGAGAACGAGCCCAGACCAUUCGUCCUUGCCAAAACUCUGUACCAGGCCUGCAUGAACCGAACUGCCAUCGAGUCCCGAGGAGUUCAACCCCUGCUUGACAUGCUAAAGAGGCUCGGCGGCUGGCCCGUGCUCGACGGCAACAACUGGGACGAAAAAUCCUUCACCUGGGAAAAGUCUGUGUACAACUUCAGGUCCGCCGGCUACUCCGUGGAUUAUUUCCUUGACUUCUCCAUCAGCGUCGACGUCAAGAACUCCACGAAGCGCAUCAUCGAUCUGGACCAGGCGUCUCUAGGUCUGAGCAGAGAGUACCUGAACCGCGGAUUUAGCGACAAGCUCGUACAGGCCUACUACGAUUACAUGGUUGACAUCGCAGUGUUGCUGGGAGCUGAGCGCCCGCGGGCUGAGACUGAACUUAAAGAAUCACUGCAAUUCGAAAUGAAACUUGCCAACAUUUCCUUGCCAUUGGAAAAGCGUCGUAAUGCCACCAGCCUUUACAACCCGAUGACCAUUGCUGAACUUUCUGAGAAGUUCCCUAAGAUCCCUUGGCUGGAAUACAUCAACCGCCUGCUCGCUCCUCACGUCAAGGUUGGAGAAGAUGAAGUUGCCAUCGUCAGCGUUCCCAAAUACAUUUCCGAUUUAGAGCUUCUUUUGGAAACUACGCCGAAGCGUGUGCAAGCGAACUAUGUGAUGUGGCGAGUGGCUGGUGCGUCGGUAUCCUACCUGACUGACAACCUUCGUAGACGUCAACUGGCUUACGUAACCGCUCUCUCGGGGAAGACUGAGAGGGAAAGCCGAUGGAAGGAGUGUGCUGACACCACUAGCGUCAGUAUGUCUAUCGCUGUGGGCGCCCUCUACAUCAGGAAAUACUUCAACGAGAACUCAAAAGCUAAUGCUUUGGAAAUGGUGAACGACAUCAGGCAACAGUUCCGUAAGACCCUGAACGAAGUAGACUGGAUGGACGAGAAGACCCGUCAGGCUGCUUUGGAGAAAGCUGAUUCCAUGGCCUCGCACAUUGCCUACCCCAGCGAGAUGUUGGACAACGACAAACUGGCUAAAUUUUAUGAUGGAUUGGAAAUGUCCUCGGAUAAACUGAUGGAGUCCGUACUGAACUUGACACUGUUCGGCACUGAGUACUUGUUUGGCAAGCUGCGGGAGCCAGUCAACAAGACCGACUGGGUGACCCACGGCCGUCCCGCCAUCGUCAAUGCUUUCUACUCAUCCAUUGAAAACAGUAUUCAGUUCCCUGCCGGUAUCUUGCAAGGCGCGUUCUUCUCAGCUAAACGUCCCGCCUACAUGAACUACGGCGCUAUUGGUUUCGUCAUCGGCCAUGAGAUCACCCACGGUUUCGACGAUCAGGGCCGUCAAUUUGACAGGAAUGGCAACUUGGUGGACUGGUGGCAAGAAAUGACUAAGCAGAAAUACCUAGAGAAGGCCAGGUGCAUCAUUGACCAGUAUUCCAACUACACCGUGGCUGAAGUAGGACUCAAGUUGAACGGAGUGAACACCCAAGGCGAGAACAUUGCAGACAAUGGCGGUAUCAAGGAAGCUUACUACGCGUACCAGGCCUGGACCCACCGACACGGAGACGAGGCGCGUCUACCCGGACUUGAAAAAUACACUCCCAAACAGCUGUUCUGGCUGAGUGCGGCCAACACCUGGUGUUCAGUAUACCGGAACGAAGCGAUCAAGCUGCGCAUCACGACAGGAUUCCACGCGCCCGGACGUUUCCGUGUCGUCGGCCCCUUCUCCAACAUGGAAGAGUUCGCCCAGGACUUCAAAUGCCCCGCCGGAUCACCGAUGAACCCCAUCAACAAAUGCAAAGUGUGGUAGUGCCUCUGCCGCCCCACCCACCUCUCGAACGCUGACAUGUGCCCCGGUGCAUGGCAGACACGCCACGCCUACCUGACGAGCUAUUGACGAGCUACUCCCAAACGACCACACGCUGAACAUUCGAGACACAUGGAUAAAUUCUGUACUUAAUCCUAGGAACAUUAUAAACGUACAUGCGAAUUAUUAGAAGUAUUUUGGUCACUAUUUAUCUAAACAAUUUGAUUGUCUAGUACUUACGUAUCCGUAGCUCGACAGAGUUAGGUCGAUGUACCCACACCGCAACCUGCACUUACCCCCGGGUGAGUGCAAGUUUCAAGGUGUACCUACAUAUGUUCAAUGUUUAGAUGUCACCUGAUAUUUCGAUGUUGUUAAACUUGUAAAUAGAUUAGCUGAAUUGUGUUUAUAGAUAGUUUUGUACUCUUCAAUCACAUGCUACGAUUCACGAUACAAUUAGAAUUCGGUGAGACUUUAGACUGAGCACAGAACAUUAGAUAUUUGACGGGUAUCAUUAUCUACUUGGUGUACAAGCUGACACUUAUUUUAUUUACUUGAGCCUGCUUGUAACACAAGAAUUGAAUUGUUACGAUUUAGUCUUUCAUAUUUAUUGUAGCCGCAGUUACAGGAAGCCGAGCAGAAACCAUUCGAUUUUUAUUAAUAAUAAUAUUAUAUUACUAAACAAUUGUAUUAUUAUCUGUAGGAACUAUUACUGCGGCUGUUAGUGUAUUAAUGUACUAAUACUGUAUCGAAUCUCACUUAAACGUGAUUAAGAAACGAACAGUGAUAAUUUAAUUUAAACUUAAGUACCUAGUUAGUAGCGUUUUUGGAUACAAUCAUUGUUGUAAAUCAUUGAAAAUCAAUAUAAG